AUGCUUCGAGCUUCUCUGAAGAGAAACUUUGUAACCGAUGUCAUACCUCAAUUUUCUCAAUUUUAUGGUUUCUUACAGCCUAAACUUAAAGCUACUUCUCAUAAACCUUCAUUAGGGUCCAAGGUACUGAAUUUGUUAACAAGAAACACUUACAAAACAUAUUCACCCGAAGACACGGGCGAAAUCUUUCAGAAAUGUAAGAACUUGACUCAACUUAAGAACUCG